GUGAGGAGGGAGAGAUAGCCAGAGUCUGGUAAGCAGCCAGCCCUCCCCCUAAGGCCAUUCAUCACAGGGCAGGCCUAGGCUCUGGCCGGGGUGAGGUGAGCAGGGAGAGCAGGAGAGCUGGCAGGAGACAGCCAGGAUGUGGGAGCAAGACAAGAAGAUCAUGAGGCGUCCGCCCUUCCUCAGCCCCUUUUCAGCCCUGGGCUUCGGGGUGCUCUCUCUGGCUUUUGCCUUGGCAGGGAGCCAGCUGGUGGAGCCCAGCACAGCACCCCCAAAACCCAAACCUCCCCCACUCACCAAGGAGACCGUCGUCUUCUGGGACAUGCGCCUGUGGCACGUGGUUGGCAUAUUUUCCCUCUUUGUCCUGUCUAUCAUCAUCACUCUAUGCUGUGUCUUCAACUGUCGAGUGCCCCGGACCAGAAAGGAGAUCGAGGCCCGGUAUCUGCAGAGGAGGGCAGCCAAGAUGUACACGGACAAGCUGGAGACGGUCCCCCCACUGACGGAGCUAACCGAGGUCCCCGGAGGCUCCUCUGACCGUCUGCCCCCUCUCUCUGGCCACAUCCAGUCCCAGUCUCUUGGAGCUCUGCCUGUGGUGAAGGAAGAGGAUGAGAUGACCCCACGGGGCAGCUAGCAGUGACAAAAAGAAGAAAAAGAAGGACACUGUGGACACAGUAGCCAUCAAGGUGGAGGAGGAUGAGAAGAAAGAGGGGAAGAAAUGAAGGGUCUCCUGAUCCCCCAGUGUACCUCACGGAUUCACAGAAUGUCCAGAAGGGCUCUAGAAAUGAUGGGCCCAACCCCCUCAAUUGACAGAGAGAGGUAACAGAAACCCAUAAGGGGAAAGAACUUGCCCAAGGUCACAUAGCAAGUCAGCAGCAGAAACAAGCUUAGAACUGAGACCUCUGGGAGUCUAAGGGCCCUUUCUAGAGCUCUUUCCCUCCCAAGAAUCCUACAUCUGCCACAGUCGGAUGGACCAAGCAAAGCUGUUAUAUGGGCCAAAAAUUUCCCCCAUGUUCUUCCCUGUUCUCCCUCAGACUUGUCUAUUCUAAUACCUGCUCUGUUCUCCAUGAGGGUGGGGGACUUCCCAACUAAACUGACUAUGGUAACUCCUACUUCGAGACUCUUUAGGAAACUACAGUGUUUUUUGUCAUGAUCCCAAGAGGGAGGCAGCACAUUUUCCUAUUAGAGGGGUACUACAGCAUAAUGGGUGGCAUGCUGGGAGUCAAGAGGACUUAGCUUCAGAUCCUACUUCUGAAAUACUGCAUGACCAAGGGCAAGUCACAGCAGAUAUGGAUGAAGGGAUGGAGAGCAGAUCUCAUGAUGGAAGGGUUCCAGGAAUUAGGAUGGAGAUGAGAAAGCUGAGAGAUGAUGGGAUCAUUGUCAAACUCCAUGGAGAGUUCCAAGCCUGGCUCUGAUGCCGCUUAUUCCAAGAAGCCCUUCCUGACACCCUCACCUCUGCCUCGGUGGGCAACUAUCUUUGCCCUCAGACAUCACCCAGAGCUUUGUUUUGUACAUAUCACAUUAUACCAUGCAUUGUUGUUACUUAUGUUGGUGUUUGGUCCCCCCACUAAACUGCUAGUUCUGCAAGCUCAGGGGACUGGAUUUUUUUUGGAAGCUUUGUAUUUCUGAAUUCCCAAUAGGUGUUUAAUAAAUGCUUAUCCUUUAUUGUU